CGGGGUUUUCAGUUUGCCCGCGCGUUUCGUGCUGAAUGGACCGAGUUUCGUUUUUUUUCGGUUCAGCUCGGAGACAAAGAUACGCGACGCGAAGCCCAAAAGUAGAAGGUAGCAGCUGCAUAUUUAGAAAGUAUACAGAUUUUCCGACCACCAGAGAAACCCGAAAAAGAAAAGAUUUAAAAUCAUUAAGAAGCAUCUUCACUUCCCGAAACAAUCUUCGUCGCAGCAGCGCAGCAGCAACAGAGUGCCGAAUUUGGUGGUGUUUUCCACAUCAGUAAUGUAAUGGGAGAAUCGGUGUAAUUUUCAGGCAGCCGUUGUACUGGGUAGGUGGUACAUGAAGACGGAAACAACAAGAAUUAUGACCAGGUAAAACGGAGUCUAAAGGCGCGCGCGCAGCGAACCAAGUGCACAAUAAUCAUCUGAAAUCAUCAUCAGAAUCUUAACUGUUAAACGUAUUCUCUGGUGUCUUGUGGCUUGUAUCUUGUGUGGCACACUCCGUACAGUGACCUUGGGGGAUCGACGAAGCGCACCAGAGAGAGAGGAACGGUUAAAAAUACCCGUUAAACCGGCGAUGGACCGGAGUGGACUUUUCAGUCAAUCAUCUACGGGUUGUUGAACAUAAGUUUCGGCAGCAGCUCAUCGAUCGAUACCGGAGAAGGUGCGCGCACAGUAGUGAUAAAGGCAUGUCCGAGAUUGCGGGUGGUCGACGACAGCCCGAUUAUUUCGUCGGAACUGACGGGAUUCCCCGGUCAGCUGUGUUGAUAGGUUUUCUCGCUGCUGAUGGUAGUAGGAGUUCAAAAACCAUGGAUAAUAAUAAUACUCGUCGAUCAAGUGCGGCCGGAACGGAUCCGCUCAAAAGGAACAAAUGUUUGUACAACGAUUCAGUGAAAAGUUUGAACAACAGUGUGACGACGACUGGCCGUGUAGGAAAUCCGGCCUUCCGUAACGGUAGCUUAAAUCUCGAUGAUAGUGAUAACAGAAGUACGAUAAGGUAUCAAAUCGGUGGCAUCAAAUCGCUUCCAUCCAGUAGCAUUAGCAGCAGCAAUAUCAAUCAUAAUAGCCAAUCGUCAGCCAGUGGAUUAUUCGGCAAUGGCCCUAACAGUGGGAACCAUAUUAGGAGAUUCAGUCCGAGUUAUAGUAGCACCAGCAACAACUGUACAAUUCUCAAUCCUAGAACCGCCGGUGAUCGACCAGUGAGUGCAGCGACGGGCAUCAUCAGGAGCAGGAAUGUGCCGCCUGCACCGAUUAGAAGUAAUAAUGUCACUAGUUAUAGUAAGGACUCUUACACGGCUGCGGUCAAACGGCCGUUAUUAGAAAACCGGUCCCAGCGAAAGACUUCGAACAGUAUCAGUUCAUCUGACGCAACUAGUAUUAGCAGUUCAACAACAGUAUCGGCUGCAGCUGAUUGGAAUCGACAUCAUGAAUCGGCGGCCAUCUACCGUGGUAGAUACGACUACGGCAGCAAUCAUCAUCGUUUGGCGGGACCAUGUAGCAGAUUUGCAACGGCCACGGGAUGUCAAAAAUCACCCUCACCCUCGAAAGACAACCGACUGAACUACCAGCGGGCCUACGACCGGAGCAUCUUUGGCUACAAUCGAUUGGAUCAGCUGGUGCUGCCACCGUUACAAAUUUAAUUACCCUAACAAUACGCAUUAUCAUGCACGUGUUCCAUUUUCGAAAUUCCAUUCGUCAGACUUAAACUCGCGGAACCCAAUAUGAGAAGAAGAAGUAGUGAUAAAAAUAUAAGUACCUACCCCUGUGUAUGUAUAAAG